AGUUUCUUUCUGGUACUCGUUACUUGUCCCAGACUCUAAACACAAAUCCCAGUUUAAAAUUUAUGCUUCAAAACCAUGUUCUCCAAGGAUUGAGAAGCACCAAAGUCAUUCGAAUUUGAAUACAGACGACAAUCGCAAAUGUAUCCUGAGGUCAGAGUGAGGGUGCAGCAAGAAAAUCAUAUAUCUCCACAAAAUGAUCACAGAAGAAUACCAGUGACUAAGUUCCCUGAUGAAUCUGCAUCUAUAUCAGUGAAGAUGAUUCAAGGCUGUUAUCCACCAUUGAAACCCAGAAUCAUGAAGGCUUAUGUACCUAAGAUACCAGCAACACAGUCACUUUCUUCAUCCAAAGUUUAUAAGACCAGACAACUUGAGAAGCAGGAUGCAAAACCAGAUGUUAGAGCUUGUUCUGCAGUAGUGCUACGUCCUCGCGCGGUUUUAUCGAGUCCUGACAAUGAUGGGAUGAUUGGAGUAGUGAACAAGCUAACUGAUAAGAAACCUUCUGCUGUCAAGGUGCAUAACUCAAAGGAGAGGGUACCAGUUGCUAAGAGCCCACAGACCAAGACAUCUUCAAGUCCUGUGAGCAUGACCAAAGGUUCAAAUAGAGCAGGGUUUAACAAGACAGGUCUUGUGCAAAGUAAAGUGCAAAAAACCAUGAUGGGAAAACAGCAGCAAGCGAGUGUAGGAAAACUUGGAGUAGAGAAAUCAAGUUUCACUACCUAAGCAUAUCUGUUUAACUAAUCAGACUGAACUAAUUUGGAGAUGUCAAAUGACAUGCUUCUUUGAAUUGUGUUUUGAAGGUGUGGUUGUAUUGUCCUUUUGGGUUUCAAUACAAUUAAGUU